AUGAGAUAUGAUCCUCCUUCUCCUGAACACCUCACCACUGCACUCACGAUGUCUCAGUCACCGCAAGACUCGUCCUGGAAUCUGCUCGGUCCCCUGGUGACCGAGUACUCAUUUGUCGUCCACUGCAUCUCCCUUGUCUGUUUCUGUCUUGGGCUUCUCUUCCUCAUCCCCAUUACUGUUCUCAUUAUUUUGGAUCUUUUUCUAUGGGUGUGGCGCAUGUACAGGACUCCAACCCCGCCGAACGAGAGACACGGUCACGAUGAUGUGGUAGUUGUGCAAACUGCCCUACCGGACGCCCCGGCUCCGGUGAACCGCCGAACACGCUGA